AUGCGCCACCUCAUCGCACUCGGUUGUCUUCUGCUGGCGAGCGUCCUUGCUGAGGACUUGACGGAGAAUGCUCAAAAAACUUUGACCGCUCUCCGCGAGUUGAAGGGAAAAGAGUACGAAUUGUUGAAAGGAUUGAAUGAAGAUGAGAGAAUUGAUGUGGAGGACUUGUUGGAGAAAGACGCCGAGGAGCACGACAACGCUGAGUUGGAAGCGAUCGAGGCCGAGAUUAAGACGAACAAUCAGGAGAUCACGGCCACUGAUGCCUCUUCUGAGGAAGAAACCGGUGAUGCUGAGAGAAAAGUCGUUCGAGUGAAGCGAUCACUCCGAGCUCGACGCCGCCGUAAUCGUCAACGUCGCAACAGGCAACUUCGCCGUCAACGGCAAGGACUUCGCCGAAAGCUUCGCAAACUUCGCAGACGCACGAUCAGAAAAUUCCACGGACGUCGUCGUGCUGCUAACCGCAGAAGACAUCAUCCUCGGGGAUCAAUU